AUGCUCCCCCAAGACAUUCGUGAUCGAUUCCCCUCGUGGUCUGUGCUACAAUCGGGCUACCCCCCCAAACUCUUCACUCACCUCUCCCAACACCUCGAAGCCGAACUUCUGGAGCAGGUUCGAGCCACAGUCACGUCCCCGCUUCGCCUUGCUCGCCUUGCUCGCCUAACCUCUUUGCAGGGCCCGCAUGCAGGUGACUGGCUUACUGUGGCUCCAUCCUCCCCGCACAUGCAGCUUUCAGAGACCGAGUGGCGCAUUGCAGCAGCUGUCCGCCUAGGCCUUCCUAUCCCACACCUUUCAUCUUCCCUCACCUGCACCUGCAACUCCCUAUUCACCGAUCCUUCCAUCCAUUCUCACGUCCUUCGCUGCCCUAGCAACAACGAACCUACGAAGGUGCAUGACGCAAUCAAGCGCGAAGUUCAUCGCAUUGCCUUGGAGCUCGGGUUCUCUGCGCAAAUGGAAGACCAACACCUACUGCCUGGCCGCCGAACAGACAUCACGUGUCGCGACAUCAGCUCUGGUACCACCUGGGCCUUGGAUGUUUCUGUAGCCGAUCCUCAGAAGGGGUUUCCGCACUCCAACGCAGCUACGGUCAUCGGUUCAGCAGCAGCCACUCGUGAAAGUGAGAAGACUACCUACUAUGCAGCAGCACUUCGUGACCGCCCAGACGUCAAACUGUUUCCCCUUGUCAUCGAAACCUUCGGUUGCUUCGGCUCUUCCUUCAACAACUUCCUCCGCCAAUGCAGCCGUAGGGGGGCUUCACAAGUUCGCGACUUGAGUGGUGCAACGGAUUCUCUUCCCCAGCUGUUUGAGACCAACUUCUACAAGCGGAUUUCUCUAGUCCAUCAGCGUGAGCAGGCUCGCACUGUUUGUCGGCGUGCGCAAAUUCGUUUUACCGAGGGCAUCAACCACACUCCACCCGAGUCGGUCCCUUCAGCAAUCCGAGGUUUUGCUGCUUUUGAAUUCAGUGAAACAUACAAGUUCGUCGAUUUGCCGUUUUGCCAGCCAGGAAAGAUCAACGAGAAGCAUCAAUCCCUCGGCGAAGUGCUGAACGGCGAUCGAAUGGUUCAGGCCCCCUACGACCUGAAAUUCCGCGUAAAUCACGAGCAAACCACGCUCUGCAAGCGAACGCUCGCCGUUAAGGACGUCCUUAAAUUCCGCGACGCGGUCCUGAACGACUAUUAUUUCCAAAUGUACUUGGACGCCCUCCCGAUCUGGGGUUUCAUCGGCAGGGUUGACAUGGACAGUGACACGUAUGACAAGGUUGACAGUGACACGUAUGACAAGGUUGACAGUGACACGUAUGACAAGGUUGACAGUGACACGUAUGACAAGGUUGACAGUGACACGUAUGAGAAGGUUGACAGUGACACGUAUGACAAGGUUGACAGUGACACGCAUGACAAGGUUGACAGUGACACGCAUGACAAGGUUGACAGUGACACGCAUGACAAGGUUGACAGUGACACGCAUGACAAGGUUGACAGUGACACGUAUGACAAGGUUGACAGUGACACGCAUGACACGAACCAGCACAUCUCCAUUUUCACGCACAUACAUUUCGACGUAGGGUAUAACGACGACCGCGUGGUGGAAAUCGGCGUGGCGACUGAUGCGGGUAGCAUGGUGGAGUUGGACAAUAGCGAGGAUAAGGAGAUGGAGGUGGAAUUCACGUAUUCCGCCUCGUGGAGGCAGACGGAUAUGGCGUUUGAGAAGCGCAUGGACAGGUACACGCGGUACGCGCUCCUCCCGCAGCAUGUGGAGAGACACUGGUUUUCGAUCCUCAACUCGUGUUUCACGGUGCUGCUGCUCGCCGGCUUCAUCGCGUCCAAAAUCAAGCACGUCCUCAAGAGCGACUUAAUCAGGUACUCGCAUGAAGAGCAGGAGGAGGCUGGGUGGAAGUCCAUCCAUGCCGACGUUUUCCGCUUCCCCGAGAACAAGGAGCUUUUCUGCGCUGUUCUUGGCAGCGGCACUCAAUUGCUCUUCCUGGUCCUUUUCAUGUUUUUUCUCACUCUUGUGGGGGUGUUAUACCCCUUCAAUCACGGUGCUUCGUGGACGGCGCUGGUGGUGAUUUAUGCGCUGACCUCUGGAAUCGCUGGGUACACGUCUGCGUCUUUCCUGAAGCAGAUGGAGGGGACCAGCUGGGCGCGCAACAUUGUGCUGACGGGGUGCGUGUUCGGCGGGCCGGUGGUCAUCUCUUUCUGCUGCCUCAACACCGUCGCCACCCUCUACCACUCCACCAACGCCAAGCCCUUCACCACCAUCAUCACCCUCACCCUCAUCUGGGCGCUCAUCGCCUUACCCCUCCUCGUGGCUGGCACCAUUGCCGGCAAGAAAAGCACUGCUGCAGAGUUCCUAGCACCCUACCGGCAUUCCCAGACCUCAAAUUACCCGAGGGCGAUUCCCGUGCUGCCCUGGUACCGCCAUACGCCCCCUCAGAUGGCCUUGGCUGGGUUUCUGCCAUUCAGCGCGAUUUUCUUCGAGCUGUAUUAUAUCUGUGCGGACUUGUGGGGGUAUAAGGCCUACACGAUCUACGGCAUCCUCUUUAUAGUGUUCAUCAAUUUCAUCGUUGUGGCGGCGCUCAUGGCGAUUGUGCUCACGUACAAUCAUCUGGCAGCGGGAGACCACGAGUGGUGGUGGAGGUCAGUGUUGUGCGGUGGCUCCCCCGCGCUCUUCAUAUUCGGCUACUGCUGCUACUACUACCACGCGCACUCCGACAUGUCCGGCUUCAUGCAGGCGUCUUUUUACUUUGUCUGCAUGGCCUGCGUCUGCUACGGCCUCUUCCUCAUGCUCGGCACUGUGGGCUUCUGCGCCUCGCUGGCCCUUGUGUGCCGCCUCUACCGCUCCAUCCAGUUCGAAUUCACUGGCACGGAAGGUGUAACUCUCCCCUUACUCCCUAGUGAAGCUUCGGCUAUUAGCGAAGAAGCAUCCGUUUCGACCAUACUGAGCCUUGGUCGGAAGGAGAAGCUCGACUUUUCUGGAAUCGUGCAUCGAGAUCGAAAGUUCUCGCGAACUCCGCCGCUCGGAUGGAACAGCUGGAACCACUUUCAGUGCAAUAUUAAUGAAGAUAUUGUCAAAGCUGCAGCGGACAAGCUCGUGUCAUCUGGGCUAGCAGCCCUUGGAUAUGUAUAUGUCAACAUAGAUGAUUGCUGGCAGGCUGACUCACGAGAUUCGGAGGGUCGCCUGGCGCCCUCCCCUCGCUACUUCCCUUCGGGCAUCAAGGCGAUUGCAGACUAUGUGCACAGCAAGGGGCUCAAGCUGGGCAUCUACUCCGAUUCUGGCAAGGGUACUUGUGCGGACUAUGUGCACAGCAAGGGGCUCAAGCUGGGCAUCUACUCCAAUUCUGGCUACACGACCAUGCGCAAUGCAUUGGAGGCCACUGGGAGAGACAUCUUCUUCUCCAUGUGUGAAUGGGGGCAGGACGACCCUUCCCUGUGGGCGUAUGAAGUGGCAGACUCCUGGCGCACCACAGUUGACAUUGGGGACUCGUGGAGGAGCAUGAUUCGAAUUGCAGACAAAAACAACAAGUGGGCCAAAUACGCCAAGCCCGGCGGGUGGAAUGACCCAGACAUGCUGCAGGUGGGGAAUGGCGGCAUGAGGCAAUCAGAGUAUCGUGUGCACUUCAGCCUCUGGGCCAUCAUGAAGGCGCCACUCCUGAUUGGCUGCGAUCUCUCGGUUGUAUCAAAUAGGACACUGGCCAUUUUGGGCAACGAGGAAAUAAUUGCUCUCAACCAGGAUUCACUGGGCGUUCAAGCAAGGAAGGUGCAAGUCUCGGAGGAUGCGCUAAUGGAGGUUUGGUCUGGGCCUCUGUCAGAGGGUCGGCAGGUGGUAGCCCUGGUGAAUCGCAGCCCAAUCAGGUUGAAGAUCACUGCCCGCUGGAAAGCUAUGGGGCUGAAUCCGGUGCAGAGGAUGUAUGCACGAGACCUGUGGAAGAAGGCGACCAUGGACUUGGUCAUCUCAGGGCAGCUGAGCGCACAAGUUGCAAGCCACGAUGUCGCACUCUUCAUCCUCUGGCCCGCAGUGUAA